CGUGAUGCUUCACGAGGACGGUGCCAUUCCGCCAUGUUGUGAGAAAUCUACCUACUCUCUCGAGACCAAGGAAGAGACAGAAAAAAAACGGAAUAUUUCAGUGGGGUUUCAAUGUUUUUGUUGUCCCUCUUUCAUCUCGUUUCCCGGACAAGUGAAGCGAAGUGAAUCCAGGUUCAUGCAACCCUGAGUUAAUACAACCGCUGCACGAUGGCCUGCAACGCGCAAGAAGAUGAAUUUGACCAGCUUGAUAAACCUGGUGCUGAGAGAUCUCGGAGAAGACGAGCAACCAACGAAGAGUGGGACAGCGAUCUUGAAGAUGACUUGCUUAGUGAUGACUGGGGUUUGAGCAAAAAGAAUCAGUCUGAUCAAUCUGAUGAAGAGCUAGAUGAUAACCUUCUGCAAAGUGAUGAUGAAGCAAAUGAAAGUUACCAAGAUGUGUCUAUUGACAUGAAUGCGUCAGCAUCUUUUGCGGGUACAUCUUUAGAAUUGUCCAAGAGUAUUGGUGAUAAAUCAAGUGAAGAGAUAUUCCAUUAUGCAGACCGUGACAUAGAUGAUGAAAAUGCAACUCUUGAAGUUGCAGAAGAUGCACAAGAAGAAAUGGAGGGCUAUGUACACACCGAAUAUGUUGAAGAGGAAGAAGGCGUGGAGUAUGAAGAUGACACGCAGCUCGGAGACGACCAAAUCGAUUAUCCAGCAGAACAGGGGGAUGAAAUGUACAAUGAUGAAGUGUUAGACCUUGAAAUCAAUGACCCUCUAGAUGAUGAAUUUCAAGACGAAGACUACACGCAGUUUUAUGCCACAAACCAGGAUAUGCCAGGAGACCUGCAAACUCAGGAUAAUGAAGUCUAUGAGGAAGCAACAGCUGCAGAUACACAGGAGCAAGUUGUUGAAGUUGCACAAGAACCUGAAGAGGUGGUGAAACAAAUACAGGAAGUAGAAGAAAGAAAGGAAGUCUCUGAUGAUGAAGAUGAAGAUGAUGAAGAGUCUGGAAGAAUGCGUUUCAAAACUGAACGGAAAGAAGGAACUGUUAUUAGGUUAACGGAUGCAGCUAGAAAGAGGAGAAACAUUCCAGACACAUUGGAACUUUCUGAUGAGGCUAAAGCAGCACUGCGUGAGUUUGAGGAGACUGAACGCCAACGAAAACAGGGAAAACGAGGUCGGCGAGGAGGGCCUUCGGCUAAUGUUCCCUUUUGUGAUCAAAGGAGAGAUGGUGGUAGGAGGAGAGAUCAACGGCUGCCCUUGAUGCAAGUGCCUCCAUCAUUGCAGAGUCCUCGUACUACAAUGAAUUCUUCAGAGCAUCAAUCUGGUAGAGGUACUGUACAACAGCGUCGGCAGCCACCGCCUCUUCUGGUACCCCAACGACAUCCUUCCACAUCUCAGAUGUCUAGCUGCCCUCCACAGCAACCAGAACAGCAGGAACAGCAGAACUCAGAAACUGCUUCUGUUGAUUUGAAUUCAACGGUAAUUUCAACACAGCAACCAAAGAACAUUCAUAUAAACCCUCAUUUCCGAGGUCCAGUCGUUACACCUGUGCAAGUGCCCUUGAUGCCUACGCCAAACCAGCCGAGGCCUGCUGUGGGCCCCCAGAGAUUCCUAACCCCUCCAGAAUUUCAGCCACCUAUUCCUGUCCCGGCCAACUUUAAUCAGCCACCCAGGCUUCCUCUUCAGGAGCCAUGGAGAGGCCCACACCCUCAAGAGAGAGAACCUUUCUUCAUUGGUGAGCCAAGGUUCCAAGGACAACAUAUGUUUGAACAAGGAAGUCCUCCACCCCCACUUAUGAACAACCAUACUAUGUCUUUGCAACCUCCCAUGGUGUACAGCCAUCCAGGCCCAGGUUUCAACCAGCAGGGACAGCAUCAUAUAUUUCCGAGGGAGGCUCCUAUAAGAACUAAUCUUCAACCACAGGGUCAUAUGGGAAUGUCUCCCUUUAACCAGCCUGGUCCAUUGAAUCCCAGACCAUUCAUUCCUCCAAGACAGCAAUUUCCACAAGGUCCUGGACAACCAUUCCCACCAUCACCCCAUAUUCAACAAAAUCUGCAGCCACCCUUGCAGCUGCAGCCACUGCCUCAACAUCAGCAUAACUGUUCCCCUCAGCCGAUCAUUCCUAACGCACCACACCAGUUUAGGCCGCACUUACAGAUUCUUCCUACAUCUGUAAACGACAAACGACUUCAGCGUCCGCAGCGGCAGAAUACCAUGAAACCUCGGCAUAAUAUACCUGGAAUUCAAAACAUGAAUAAGCUACCAAAUCAGUUUCAAACAUCUGUUCAACGAAAUAGCAAUCUUCGUGAAUUGCCUAUUGCUCCUCAUAACAGUAGUGUAAGACAUCAUCGCCCGUUGUCAGCUCCUGCUGCUCAAACUACAUCCAUUUCCUGCACAAAACCUACAGCCUCAAUUGUAACCUCUUCACGCAUGAAACAGACUGCUCAAAGUGCACCUAAUCUUCAAAGUUCACCUGGGGUGAGGGUGCCACAGAGGAACUUGCAACAAAAAAUCAAGAAACAAAAGCCACCAUCACAGGAUUCUACAGUAAUAGAGCUUACAGAUGAAGAUGAGGAAACAAGAGUGUAUCGUUUGAAAAUUGAAGAGCAGAAAAAGCUCAGAGAAGAAAUUCUGAAACAGAAGGAACUCCGACGUCAGCAGCAAGCCGGUGCCCGAAAGAAAGAACUGCUUGAACGUCUUGCACAACAGCAACAGCAGCAGCCGCCUGCUGCACAACAACCAUCGCAACCAGCAAAUGCACCACAGGCUCCCCAGAACAUUAACACAUCCACACUACAGGCUGUAAGCCUAGUACAGCCAAACAUAAAAAACAGACUAUCUACAAAGAAACAAGGCACAGGAGCCGGAGCACAGCAGCAAUUUAUUAAAACCUAUCAAGCUGGAAAUACUAUGCAGGUUCAAGCAGAAUUGAAAAAGAACAUCAACCAAACCAAACAGGUCAGACCUGCAUCUUUAAAUCAACUUCAGUUUUCAAAAGUUGUUCAGUAUAAACCAGUUAACAUACCAGGAUCUAGCAUGCAGUCUGGAAAGAUGUUUGUUCCUGCAGUCAAGACUCCAGAAUUAAAAUCUGGUGUAAAACGGACUGUAAUGCAAAGAAUGAACAGUGGAGGAGGGGAUGGGCCUCACAUUAAUCCCAAAAUAAGGGUACUCAAGCUUCCAACUAUGCAGGGGAGCGAGAACACUGGCUUUUCUCAUCCUGAGGUCCAAUCUCAGCAGCGGCAACACCAGCAGCAUCUUCAGAAACAGCAGCCUGUUCGAAAGGUCACAUUGACAAAAGGAGCCCAACAGCUACAGCAGCGACCACAGCAGCAGCGGCAGCAAUCUGUACCACAAUUACUAGGAAUGACAAAGAAUUCAGCCAAUCAACAGAACAGAGUCAUUAUGCAGGGGCGCGGCACAGCAUUACCAGGCCAGAUGGGCCGAGGACGCAUGAUGCAACAUAAACAGAAUCUGCGAGUGGUGGAAUGCAGACCUCAACCAUGUGUGGUGUCAAUUGAAGGGCUUUCUUCUUCAACUACUGAUUUCCAGUUGAAAAACCUGCUGAUGUCAGUUGGACCUAUUCAGGACUUCAAGAUGAUGCGAGAACAGCGAAAGGCUAUUGCAAAAUUCAAGGAGCCUGCACAUGCCUCGGCAUUUCAACAGAAAUUCCAUCGGCACAUGAUAGAUCUGUCUCAUAUCAACGUGGCCUUGAUCAUGGAUGAAUGAUUAUUCUUGGAAUGAAAACAAAGCCUCGCUCUAAUGCAGAAGUUCAGAUCAAGUCAAAUGAAGAAACGAAAUGGCUGAACUAGCAUACAGUGAUCAAUUUCUAGCCAGUGUGUAUGCUAUUAAAUUGGUGAAACCAAAGGAGUUGGUCCAGGUCCAAUGUGGAAUGAAGGAAGUGAUGCCUCUGAAGAAGAUUGUGUUUGUACUCUUGUUUCCACGUGUUUAUUGUUUGUCACCAAAUGAAACAAAGUCUUUUGCAAAAACACCUCUGUGGAAUCGAAAUACCACAAAAAUGACUUAACUGUGAACAGUGACUGAAGUAGGCACUGUAGAAGUAGAAUGGCUGCUUGUCAAGCGUAAUAGAAAACUUUUAGUGGUGAAUAACAUUGGAUAAUGGUUGCUGCAGAAUUCUUUCCUUGCAGGUUUAUAGUUAGGUGCUUAAUGUGCGCCCCUUAAAAUUAUUCUGUACCUAUAGCUUGGCUAGCUUCAAAAUAGUCCAUUAUUUUGCCCUUCUAAAGUAAGAAGUAACUGAAAGGAACUCAGAUUUGCAUUGGGAAAUGCAUGCUAGUGACUGUUUCAAUUGCAAAUUAGUCCAUUGUUUUAAAUCUCUUGAAAGAUACUUAAUACUAGACUAGAAAGCAACUUGAAGACAGUUUGUUUGAUGAGGCACUUGCCUGUUAACUAUAGGUUGCAGCUUUAUUUUUGUUUUUCAGCAAAGCCUCCGAGAAAAAAAAUAUGAAACUAAUACCUUCUGUACUUCAGUAAGAUGCAUAUUAUUAAUUUCAUUGAAAGGCGUCAUUUGAAAGAAAAAUUACUUGCAUAUUGAGACUACAAAAAUACAUUCAGAUCCUUUUUGUUCAAUAACCAAUGGAACAUCAAAAUACUUAAAGAAUGAAAUAUGAAGAAUCUCAACCUGUGCUAGGCCAAAUGAUCUUGAAGUAUGAACCUUUAUGUUAAAUAUCCCAAAUACCGAAUGAUCAUCUGGAAUACAGCUAUUUAUGUCACUGUAUUGUAGGCUACAGUGAAUUAGUUUGGAGCUACAAAUUGAGUCAAAUUUAGGCAUCAUGUGAAUACUGCUGGAGCAGUAGCGGAAUGAGAGUCCUGUUACUUCGCUACAUGUUAAUAUGUAGUUGCUUUGGUCCACACUAUAAAACAUGAGACUAUUUGAACAAAGAACUACUUCUGGGCUUUCUGCAGGUAUUGUGAAUGUUUUGUUCACAGUUGUAACACAAGGAAUUCAUUACUAUGAUAGUAAUGUGUAUUUCUUAAUGUGAAACUUUUGAAUUGGCAUUUUAAGUAGAAUAACCUGAGCGAAGUCCUAGCAGGCAUGGUGAUACAUUAAACUCCAGAAUCACGUUUUCAUUCACCUGUCUGUUGGUUGGUGACUUUUUUAACUACAAAAUUUUCAGAAUUCCAGCCAUCCAUAUGAAUAAAUGUUUCACUUCCAGAGGCAGUGACUGCUGACUUGCUCAGUUUUAUGUCUUGGACUUGCUGGUGGGACUAUUCAAACACCAGACUGCCAAAACAGAUGGGCCUAUGCUUCUUGCUGAUGACAUGAAAACUGAAAGACCUUCAGAAAUGCAGUUGUUUUGCAAGGUUUUUUUUUGACUAGGGCUUAUGUGGGGUAGGGGCAGCAGAAGAGAAAAUGGUUUUAGGUUUUUUUUAAUAAGGGUGUGCUACAUAGCAAAGUCUAUGUCUGUAUUUCAGAACACAUUUUAUUGUGUAAUUUUGUACAAAAAGGAGUACUCCUCUUCCAAUUCAAAGACUGAGAACUAAUAAUUUGAGUUGUCAUCUUACUAGUUAUGUUUCCUGCAUCUCAAUUGUCCUGAAGGAUAUUGUGCAAUUAAGUCAGUUUUUGUUUGACCUAAUCAGCCUUUAGUAUUUACCUCAAGUACAACUACAGAAACUGUCAUGGAGGAUUUGAUACUCAAGGAGAUUGAUAUGAGUUACGUGGUGGAAAAAUACAUGGGUGUUUGUAAGAUUGUAAUACAUCCUUUGAAACAGUUUGCCCAUGUAACCCCAUUUAAUAAAACAAUCUAACAAUUAUUGAGGCAUAAUGUGCUUCAGAUUUAUUGAUGCUUUUUCAGAUGUUGCAGCUUAUUGAGGAUUUGUAAUUACUUUCAUAAAAUAGAUCAAUAUAUUAACUGCAUAUUCUGUCAAUGCUUAUAUAUGGCUGCAAAAUGCAGUUUCUUGUACUGUCAGCAUUGGAGAAUUAUAACUGAUAGUAUAGACCCACAAAGGAGAAUACAGAGGAGGAAAUUUCUAACAAUGAAAGGUAGAAGUUGCAGGAAUAGGAGUAAAUUGAGUUUCUGUGCAAGUAUUUUUUUUCCUAUUGGAUGCUAAAUCCUGAGUGGGCACAAGGAUUGAAAGUAUCAUGCAGAUUUUCAUUUUAAUUUUAUCAGGCUCACCACAGACUCUCAUCUGAAGAAGCAGAAUUUUGCCUGGGUAUAAGGGAGCUUUCUGUGCCAAUUCUUACUAGAUGAGUAACAGUUUGAUUGUAUCAUGAUCACAUUCAGAUGGAUUGAAAUGCAUUAAAAAUACUAAGGGUUAUUGGCCAUUACUUUUUUUUUCAUUUACUUAAGUUUGUGUGAUGUUGUGCACAUAAAAUUCAUGAGUCAGACAUUUUAGUUCUCUUUGAUGUUGACACUUCUGUUAUCUUCAGUUGAGAAACCUAAAUAGGUUACAACUUCUGCAUAUUCCCACUGGCAACAUAUGCUACACACACACACACACACACACACACACACACACACACACACACACACACACACACACACACACACUCUCUAUCUUACAUUAUUGAAACAGCAGCUUGCAUUGCUGAAGUCCUUGGAGAGAGAAAAUGUGUACCAAUUUAUAUAGUAAACUGUAAUGGCAGUGGCCAUGUUGAUAGAUGAAAGAUGAGAUAGGGUAGGACAUGUCACAUUAAAGAUAUGUGUAGUAAAACUGUAGUGUAUAGGGAAGAUGUGCUGCAACCAUCAUCUGAGUUUUUCACUGCACGUUAGUGGGUUUCACUUAAAAUGCAAAGAAACAUUUGUAUGGCAGCAUGUAAGUAGAGCAAAAUGCUUUCAAGUCAUCAUCAAUGGUGUUCACCUACUUUUUAGAAGUUGUGCAUUAGCUAAUAAUUUCUGAAGUUGCUUCUGUUUUUUCAUGUAUUUUAGUUCAAGAUUUGUUGGAUGCAAUGACUAUUGACCUGAAACAAGACAUCCUGUGUAUUAAUACAUUUUAUAAAGAUCACAGUUCUUCCAUAUGUACUUUCUCCUGUUUAUUUACAUGGGUCUUCUUACUCAGGGGUGACAUUGUGCAAAUUCCUCUGUGUGUACGUGGAGCCAAAUUUUUUUCUCAUUCCUCUUGCAGUAAAGUCAUUUUGAGGGUAGUGGGAUGCACAGGAGUUUGAAAACAAAUGUGUAACCUAUAUAUUAAAGUUGAGUUUUAAUUAGAAUGUUCUGAACGUUAUAGGCAUUUUUGUAUCCAUUAUGUCGCUUCUAAAUUUGUUGCCCUAUUUGUAGGAAGUAAACUUGUAAUGGUCAGUGAGGAAUGUUGAACACACUUUGACAGUUUGAAGGGACAUUCUUCUAGGUGGAUUGCAGUGUACACAAUUAUCCUUUUUUUAAUGCCACCUACAUACAGUAUUCUAAAAGUAGUUGUUGUGAAGUGCUAGGAUAGCCUGCAUUUACGAAUGUGGAAGCAGUAAACUAAUGCAACAGAAGACAAAUGGCUUCUAUGGUGUGUUUUAGGAAAACAUUGAGUCAUGCUAAUUUUUUGUUGAUCAGAACUGUGGUUUCAUAUUCUAAACUAUGUCACCUGAGCUCUCAUGCCAAUUUUAAACGGUGAACAUAGCUCCUGUUCAGUUGGCGAAGUCAUGACUUGAUGGUUCAUGACACACCAUCUCAGCCAAUUUAUACUACAUCUGCUUACCACUGUUUGAAAUGUUUGGCACUUUGAAGACCACAUGCUCUAUAUGUAAGUGUUUUCAGGGAGAAAUUUUAAAACGUAUAUAGUUAACAUGGUGCCAGCUCUUACCAAUGUUUCCUCCAACCUUGUACUCCCAAAAAUGCCUGUUCGCAAUUAUAUUGUAAUCUUUCUGUUACACCAGAAAAUUUACAAGUAGCUGCAGGCGAACUGAAAGGAAAAAUUGUCUCCUUUAUUUACUCCUAGAUUAUUUGUUUUAAAGCACAUUCAAUUUGUGACGAAUAGACUUCUGACUGGAUGUGGUUAGUUGUAAUUUUGGGGCAAUCAUAACUGGAAUCUUGAUUUUUUUAAAAGGCAGUAGUCAAAACACUAAAUUGCUUUUAACAAAAGAUUCUCACUAAAUCUAGACACUACUUGUCAUGCUGUCCACCCCAUACUCUCAAACCUGUGUGUAAUUUGAAAGCCUAGAUAAUAAGCUUGUUUGGCACUUAGAUUCAAAUAGAUAUAAAUAUUUUGAAGUACUUCAUAGAUGAGAGGAAAUAUCUUGUAGAUAACAAUCUCAGUUUUGUGGAAAUUUAAACUAUCCAAACUGGCAGUGCCCUGAUUAAAGAGUUAAAAUGUAAAACUGUAAGGGAACAAGAAUAGCUAUUUUCUCCAGUUUCAUUUAAAAUCUGUAAUGUCUUCUAGUCUUAAGCUGUGUUUAACAUUUGAAUUAUGUGAUAUUUUAAGACCUGAGCUAUAUUUUCUGCUAGUUUGGUAUUAUGUUAUUUGGUGCUGGUUUUGCACUUGUGAUGUUCCUUUAGUGUAGCAUUGUUCAAGUUUGUCUUGCUUUAUUUUUGUGAUGUUGUUUUAUUUGCUUUUAAUUUGGCUUCACUUACUCACUUAACAAAUUUUGACUUUAUUUAUCUUGUGUUAUUACCUGCACUUCUAGAGUAGAAAUUCUGUUAACCUUUAUAUAUGAGAGAGAGAGAGAGAGAGAUCAAGAAUUGAUUGAUCCAUGGCUCAAAGGUUUGAUGAUUGUUGAGCUAUUAAACAGCUCAGUGUUCAAGUUGUAUUUAACACUAUGCGACAAGUUAUACGUUUUAGGAUUUAUCAGCCCUUCUUUUAUACCUAUAACCUUAAUGCUAUAGAAAUAACCAGUUUUUCCCCGCAAUCGUUAGCAAUCACUUUUAUUUUUCUAUUAUUUCUAUCCAGUAUAUAUAUCUGGCAUUUUAAUAACAUUUUUAUCCUUUUAUUCUUUAAAUAGCUGCGUUCAUAAUUUUUGUGCAGUUUUAUUUAUUAUUACGAGAUAGGAUGCUCUUUCCCUAAAGAUAUGUACAUUUAUUUAAAAUCAGAGCUUGAUGAGUCUGUCCACGUGUUUUUCCAAUUUGUUUCACUUCUAAAUUGCUUACUGAUCUAUUAGAUAAUAUCCAGUGGGUAAUUAAUUAUUAAGCAUGCUGCAGUUUUAUGUGGUUAAGAUCUUAAUCCUAAGGAUUUUGUGUAAGACCUACAUUUUAAUUGCCGACUAGGUUGGUGCUGAAAUUUGUGACCAUCACAUUGCAAGUGUUUAUGAACAAACUGAUUCUCAUUGAAUCUUGGUGUAGCUUUUAUUAGAGCACUGUAUAGAACACAGUUGGGAAGGAUCAGUGUGUUGUAACAUCAGCUUGUAUGCUGUUUUGUCUUUGUAUCUCUUGGUCCAGGCUUUCCACAGAAAAUACAUUACCAAUAACAGCUUCUGUGUGUAAACUUACGAAAGUUGAAGUUUUCUUCCAUUGCGUAAUUAUAAUAAUUGACUGGUUGUAGGGGAGGUUUUACAGAGAAAAACAGGAUUUUCAUACACUUUCUGAAUCCCAGACUGAGGAUUUUGCAUGUUAAAGUUUGAGUACUGUAUAUGUAAAUUGUAAUACUUUAUACUGGAAAGACUACAGUUUUAAAAUGUUGAACUUACCAUGGCAAGAUGCUGAAUGGAAAAUUCCAUUUCUUAGAGAUCAGAAUUUAUUUUCAAAAAAGAUUGUAUUUGGCUCAUCUUUAGUUUUAAGUUAUUGGUGGGGGAAUUAUAGUACUGUAUUUCAGUAUUUUCUAUCUGGCAUUCCUGAGAGAAUGAUCAAUGUUAUCUAACUAGGCGGGGGGGGGGGGGGGGGACCCUCCAUUUCAAAAAUGUAUUAUCUGAGACCUUCUGCAAAGUGACAGAUAAAAACACAGUUGGAUCUUUUCUGCUGAGCAGAGUGUAACAUUCAUCGUACAUCAAUAUUUGAUUUCUUAGAUUAUCUUUGUUUAUUAGCUAGGCAGAUUAGUCAGAAAAUAAUAGCAUAGUCAGUUCUUUUUUAAUUGUAGUUUCACAAAGUAAUGCUGAUGGUCUUGGUUAAUGAUUUUCUGUGACAAUUGACAAUGUACCAAUACCGUCAAUGGCUACAGUGUGUGAUGCAGGUUGUGAAGUUGCAAAGAUUUGUCCUCAUCAUUUUGAUAUUCAUUGUGUUUUAUUAGUUGGUCAUGAAAUAUGUGAGCUUCAUUUUCAUGCCACAUCGAUACAAAGUAACUGUGAUUUCCAGUAACUUCUGUUCCACCCAGCAAACCAGAUGUUUAGAGCACUUGUUUAAGUUAUAUAUUCCCUUCAUCUACUGUUUUUUUCCCCUUCCUCCCACCCUCCUAAACGUUUUAGGAAAUGCUGCUAGCUCAGAGACUCUAAUUUUAAGCCAUACAAUUUCCCUGGUGUGAUUUCUCCAAGCCUGGGCUGAGGGUUAGCAGGGAAAUGGAUAUUGUCUGUUUGAAUGUUAAAUGUUGCUCACAAUUGUGUUCUUUUUGUAGGAAACAAAUGAGCUGAUGUUGGAGAUGAAGUUUCUAACAGAUUUUUUCUUUCCCAACCCCUUUCCCCUGACAGAUGCAGUAUUUAUCUGGGUAUUAAAUUGUAUCUGAAAUAACUUCUUUCAACAGGGAAUUUAAUGCUUUAUCUUUUUCAUUAUUAUUUAACUGCUGUGGAAAUCUAUUCGAUACUUUGUGAUAUGGUAUGCUUAGCAUUUUCAAUUCUUCCCGUAAUAUAGUGUGUGUACAUUCUGGAAAAUGCUUUCAUGCUUGCCUACACACAUUGACAAGGACUGUAUUUGUUGUAUGUGUGUUUACAGUUUAGGAUUCCAUUUGACAUUAAACUCUUUAGUGCUGUAUCGCUCUUAGGGAGGGAGUUUCACAAUUUCUAUUGUAACACUGAACACUGUUUUAAAUUUGUUUUUGCAGUCCAUUGUAGUUACUUUGGCACAAUAAGACAGUUUCAUACUAACUGCAUGUGACAUGAGUGACAUCACAUUCUCUAAUGGCUGAGGAAAGUUGCAGUGUUAGUCUGUAGGACACGUUGAGCUUUUCUGCUUGAAAAUAGUACAUAAAAUAGCUGAAGAACAUGGGCUCUAUUGAAGUAACUGUUUUUAGUAGUUGAUGAUGACCCAUUGAGUGAUUCACGAUUUGGUAAUACCUUGUUUAUCUGUGAUAAGCUUACUAAUUUACUAAAACCAUUUUGUUACAGGUAGUUCAGGGAGGCGGUGACCUAUAGCCAUGCUUGUCAAAUGUAUGUUGAGAUUUUCCUAAUGUAUGUCACUAACUUGCUGUUUUUCUUACAGUUUAAGCGCUCAGGAGGAAUAUAGAGGGAUUGCCUAUCACUUGAGUUGCCCACUGUUUUCGGUGGUAGAAACGAUUAACAGUUUAGCAAUUCGACACAUGAAAACUGAGCACAGUUAACUUAAAAGGGUUGUUGUAUUCAAAGUUAUAUCUAUCAUUGAAGUUGAUCCUUCCUAACCUGAGUUUACAAUUGAGGAUGAAGUAGAUGUUGUUAGGAGUUAUAAUACUUAAACUUAUUGAUAUUGUGAUGCUAUGACAUUAUGUUGGAAUAUUGAUGUAAGGGUUUCUUCUCAUUUCUGAUGAAGAAUGGAUUUAGAGUUCAAAUAUAGUAUUGUAUUACAUUUUAUAAAUGCUUCAAUAUUCUGUUAACGUUUUUAAUAUUUUUGUUUUUUUGAUUUUUAAUCAUUUGUGGAGUGAAUCAGUUUUUACUGUUUUGACUAUUAAAAUAUUGACAUGUUAUAUUGAAAAUGAAUUGUAUUUCUGUUAUUGAACGGAGUAGAAUGGUUUGAUAAUAAAAACAUCUUAAAAUGA